GAAACGUGCCCAUCGCCCAGUGUGCGCUGGAGCAAGUCAAGCUCGCUCGCAAGAAAGGCGGGCGCGUCAAUUGUUGCCCGUCAGCUGAGAUGCUGUGUUGUUGUGUUGAUUGCACACUCGAUCAUAACUUUUGUUUGCGUGAUUGUGAAGAUUGCUGCUGCAACGUUCUUUGUUAAAGUUUAUAAGUAAACACACACGAACGUUUGUUUAACUCGCGUUCAGUAGUGACAAAAAGCGUGAAAAGCGGUGAGUCGUGAGCCCUGAAAAACCUGUAAAAGUGAGAAGCACACAGUGAGCAAGUGCAACGUUAACGUUUUUGGGCGCACGCAAAAGAAAGGUGGGGUGGUGUCCGUUUUGUGGUAUCGUUUUGUACGCAAAAAAGAAAAGCGCGGCGUGAAAAUAAGGUGUACGCAAUGGAGGAGAAAAACUUGCUGCUGAACGUGCACAGCAAUCUGGAACCGCCGAAACCGGACGGAAACACGUUUCUGAUGCGCGGCAACUAUCACUACUAUCAUUACGGGUGUGACGGAUUCCAGGAUAUGGGUUGGGGUUGCGGUUACCGUACCCUUCAAUCGAUCUGCUCCUGGAUCAUCGAGAACGGACCACCGAAAACGGCCUCAUCCGAUGAGGUGCCCAACAUUCCCACCAUCCAACAGAAGCUGGUCGAGAUUAAGGAUAAACCGGAGCGCUUUUUUGGUUCGCGCGAAUGGAUCGGCACCCUGGAGGCGAUCUACGUCAUCGACACGCUGUACGAUGUGUCCUGCAAGGUGCUACACAUCGCACGCAGCGACAGCAUCGCCAAGCAUGCGGACACGCUGCGCGACUAUUUCGAGCAGUACGGUGGGCUGAUCAUGAUGGGUGGUGACAUGGAUGCGGCCUCCAAGGGUAUUGCCGGUAUACACGUGAGCGUCGACCAGGACGUGUACCUGCUGGUGGUGGAUCCACACUUUGUCGGACGCAUCAAGACGAAGGAAGAGCUGUACACGAAACAGUACGUCAAGUGGCAAAAGGUGGAAGACUUUGUCGACAGUUCGUUCUACAACCUGUGCCUGCCGAUGGUGAAGAGUCGUGAACUGGCAGCGUAAAAUGGGGUGGGAUCAUUCGUUAGUGAUAGGACGAUACAGUGUUUCUAGCAUGGAAUGUCCUUCUGUUUUCCUGCACCAUGGUUGUUUAUGGCUUCAGUUUACCCGUCCCACUUAUUGGCCAUUUUUAAAACGAAUAGAUAUCAACGAGAAGCGCGUAUUUAUUAGUGAAUCUACCCCUCGAACUAUUUAUCAAACAAAACACAAUGCAGAGGAGGGUUAGGAGCGAAACAAUUGUAGGCCAAAUCGCGAUCGAGCCGCCUCGCCGCCAUUAUAUAGUAGCAUUAGCGUGCGUUUAAGUCUUCUUUCAGUAAGGGAGAAAACAAAAGUAGCAGUUAGUAAUACCGAAACUAGUUAAGGAUCACGUUUUUACUAUCGUCUAUAACCAAAUGUAAUCGGAUGUAUAGGGAACGAACGUAAGACGAAUGUGUAGCACAAAUGAGGUUUUUCUUAUAAGAAGAAAAGCUUCUUUUUUCUGUCAUCAUUGUGGCAAACAAAAUAGGGAUUAUUAUGCUGGUAAGCCUCAAAGUAUGGAAUACGCAUGACAAAAAUAUUGUGUUAUUUAUUUUUUAUAACAAAUUGUUUUGUUUUGUCACAGUAAAUCGUGUCAGUUGGAGGUUUUUUUUUGUGUUACAAAAGCUCGUACAUUAACGUUUUAAUCCGGUAGCAAAACGAGACGAAUUUAGAAGAUAAUAAUUCCAUUCUAUAUUGUGUCCCGAUCUUAAGUGGAAGAGUUCGAUAAAUGUGUCCACUCUCCUUCGCGAACAAUUAUCCUUAAAGGGACCAACAGAAAGGAGAACACACAUUGCAAUUGAUGGCGCAUAUCGUAUACACGAAUCGGGAAGAUAAAAUCAUACAGGAAAUGGAAGUGAAAAAUAAAAACCCCUCGAAACUAUUGUAGAACAAAAUAAUCAUCCAUCAAUUCCCCAUCAUCAAAUCGGGUUUGCCAUAAAACAUUUGCUAAUUUAUGAAGAAACAAAAGAGAAAAAAUCACAAUGUAGAAGCGACUAGAAGUAAACAAAAAAGAAAGAUCUUUAUUUCGCUUAUGUGCGACAUAUAUCAGAAUAAUAUCUCGUAUCAGAAUGCAACAAAUUAACAGAAUGCAGGAGUAAAAUCAUCACCAAUCGCACUGCCACAGCAAACGGUGUUCUGGUGUUGUUUGAAUUUCAAACAUUAAAGUAAAUCCCAAUUUUUAGUUAAACGCAAAAGAAGAUUCAUUUUGCUACUGUUUUAAACACUGAUACGAAAAAAACAGCUAUUUUCCAAUAGAACAAACUAAACACUAACAAAGCACGAACGAGGCAACAAAGCGUGAAGUUGAUUUGGUAUUGAACCAUUUUCUGUUUAAUGGUAUUAGGGGAAAAUGAAUCCGAAGAUGGGUUAACGUGGAGGUAUUAUUUUUUAAAAAUUAAACCACAAACAAAGGGCGUUUAAAAUGUGACAGAAUGUGUUAUAAAAAACAAAGGUUUAUUUCGUUGUUACGUAUAUUUAUAGAUUAAAAAGCAAUCUGUCUUUCUGGUGAACGUAUAAACCGGAGACAGUAUAAAUAAAUAUUUACCCAUUGAUCGUGAAAUAAGCAUUA